AUGCACCGCAAGCACCGUACCAGCAUGUUCCCAUUCUGGAAUCUGCUCUUCUUCUUCAUCGCGCUCUGCGCCGCCGAACCAGCCCAGUUUUGCAAGUUUGGCCACGCGUCCGGCCAGGUCGACUUUUGCAGCAGCUUCACCGCGCACCGCAACGCGUCGACGCACGCGCACAAUGUCUACCUCACAUUCACAGCGACACGGGCGCUCGGCUCCGCCAAGGGCUGGACGGCGGUCGGCUUCGGCGAGGAGAUGAAGGGCUCGCUCAUGGUCAUCGUCUACGGGGACCCGGCGUCCGGCCAGCCGCCGAUUGUCAGCGUGCGCGCGUCCGAGGGCCACUCGCAGCCGACGCUCGUCACGCGGGACCAGCUCGGGGGCGGCGACCUGCGGGUGCUCCGGUCCGACUGGCGGCUGGACGAUGCGGCCGCCGGCACCGUCACGGCCAUUGUGUCGCUCGUGUGCUACUCGUGCACGCGCUGGCCGGGCGCGCGCAUCUCGGCCGCCGCCACGUCCCAGCCGCUCAUCUGGGCGUGGAACGACGCGCAGGAGUUUGACGUCUUCACGUACGAUGCCCAUCUCCGGAUGCACAAGCACCACGCCGGCAACGGCGGCUGGGGCCGCUUCUACGUCAACAUGGACCACGCCACCAGCAAGGUGCCCCAGCUGCCUUCGGUGCCCUACAUCCGCCACGGCGUCGCGGCCUAUGCCGCCUCGGAAGAGCCAGACAUCUUGGCCGGUGGCAUCGUCGAUGCCAUGAAGAAGUGGACGAUGAACAAUCGUGCGCUCCAUGUCCACGGAAGUCUGAUGGCUGCCGCUUUUCUCUUGUUUAUCCCGGGCGGCGUCGUGGCCAUGAGAUCCGGCAGCCCCAGAUCCUUCACGUACCAUUGGAUUAUCCAGCUUACCGCUGCGACCAUGAUACUGGCUGGAAUGGGCGUGGGUAUUUCCCUCCAGAAACGAAUCAACACGACUCACCAGAUUCUGGGCCUGACGAUUGUGGGCGUGCUCUUUGUGCAGUCCUACCUGGGAUACAAGCACCAUGUGGACUUUGUCAAGAUCCGUCGCCGCACCUGGAUCUCGCACUGCCAUAUAUGGACAGGCCGUAGUGUCAUGGUCGCUGCCUCUGGCAAUCUCCUCCUCGGUAUGACGAUGAGGGGCUAUCCCCGCGUCAUCAUGGCCCUGGCCGCCGCCUUUAUUGUCCUCGAGUUUUCGGGACUCGCUUUGUUUGUCUGGCGCAGAGCCAAAAUUACUGCCCGGAAGCGUGCCGAGUAUGAAGAGAUGGAGCAAAACGCGCAGACUCAUCGUUACUUCACCAUUGGUGAGGAGACGGAUGACGAGUCGAGUGAUGCCGAGGACGAGUCCCAAAAGCUGACCAAGUCAGAAGACUCUUUGGCUUCAAAAUAG